AUGCUGUACCUAGAGGAGCAUAGAGCUGUUGGAGAAGGGGUGCAAGCAGCUCAACAACUGGCUGAAAAGCAUGAGCAGUACACUGAAACAGCACUGGAAGAUGUAAAAGCAGCCAAAGCGCUCAAGGAAACUGGUGAAGAGUUGAUCUCGGCGAAUGACGUAGGAAUUUCCGGAAGUUUACUACCGAAAUGCGAUGAAUUGGAGCGUAUGGCUGAAGCACUUAAUGGAGCCCUACAGAGACGAGCGACCGUACUACGAAUGAGCAUCGCGAUGCAUACACAAAUUUCUCAGGCCAACUCCUGGUGUAAGAAAGGAGUUGACAUGCUCUCAUCGAUACUUCAAGACGUGACCCCGGCCUCAGCCAGUUCAAGUUUGGCAAAAAUGGACGAGUUUCUGGAAGAAGGAUCACGUCUUCAGUUGGAUGCAAUCAGCCAAUCACCUUCAAUGAACAGUCUCAUACUUCUGACCACUACAGAGACGUCUACCUUAUUGGCUCAGGUGGCCGAACGUAUUGAUGAUAUACGUCGAAUGGGAGUGGCAAGACGUGAUGCACUGACAAAGAUGAUUGAAAGAAAGCCCGUACAAGUUGUUACGCCAGAAAAAACUCGUACACCUGUCGAAGAGGAAUUUCUGCUUCCCUAA